AUGUGUCACCCGACUUCAGAUAUCAAGGCGGAAGACCACAGCGACCCAGGUGUCUCUGAUAAAGCAUCGAACAAACGCUCCUUCUUGAAGAUUGAAAGCUCUGAAGAUGAUGCCCCCAUCAGUCCCAAGAGACCCUGCAUGUCCAACACUGUGCUUUCUCUGCCUGGUCGGCCCACACGCCCAUGGGUUGUCUCGGUCAUGGAGCUGAAACGAUCCUGGUUCCAUGACCAUCGUCCUCUGUGUGGAGUCAGUUUGAAAGUCGACGAUGACCAGACUCCGGUCAACCUUGUCAUUCCGACUGAGCUUAUUGAAGACGACGACGAGAGCAUCCUCAUCUUCACACAUGCAGACACGACAUUUGCGGACAUCCGUAUGCUUCGUGAAGAUGGUGGCACCGAGGACGCUACCGGAAGACCAGCCAGAAACGUCUUGUGGCAGGGCGAGUAUCCAUGCCUCUCGCGCCGACAAAUCGUCUUGGUGGCCGGAGGCUGUUGGUUCAAGGUGAAUCUCACGCACGGCGACCCAGUCAUGUGUUUCAAACCCAACACCACCACACCGUCAUUCUGCUUCAACGAUGAAUGCCCCAUCGCUCACAGUUCCUACAUCCGACUGAGUGGAGAGAUGAGAAUCUGGGACAUCCCUACGCAGAUGGAGGCUUGGACGUUUCCCCUUCCUACCCCUCCUGCCCCUUCCACGGACGACGACGAUGAGUGA